GGGAACAAUGCAUCUAACAAACUAGAUCUUCAGCAUUCAGAAACUAAAGAGCUGGUUUCAUAUCAUUUCCCUUGCUCUUCCUUAUUACCACCUCAUCCCAUACCUCUCUUGCACAAACUGCACAUGCCAAGAACAUUCCCUCAUCCCAAUCAAUUCCAGAAGGCCGGCCCUUCAUGUUCUCCCCUCCAAUAAUGACAUCCAGAACGUUCCUUUUCCUUCAAGUUGUCUUCUCCCUGUACAUUUCCUCCGUCUAUUCAUUUCCCUUUUCUCUCCUCAAAACAAACCUCAUCAAAACCCGCGAUCUCUCCGCCGUAGCCAGCGAGCUCGGCACCCUAGGAAGCGAUCUCCAGAACUCCAGCACUCUGAAAACCUUCCUCGGCGAUAGAGGAAAUGUGAUUACGCAGAACGAUGUGCUGGAUAGCAAUGGAAGUUGUGCUACGAUGACUGUAUUAUUCGCGCGGGGAACGGGGGAAGUCGGUAACGUAGGAAUCUUAACCGGUCCUCCAUUUUUCACAGCCCUAGCCGCAUAUAUGAAUGAAACCGGAAGCAUGUCGAUCCAAGGCGUAGAUUAUUCCGCGAGCGUCUCCGGCUUUCUCGCUGGUGGCGAUCCCGCCGGUGCAAAAACUAUGGCCGAUCUAAUAAAUAAUACUCUAACCAGCUGCCCCGAUACGCAUCUCACUGUGUCCGGCUACUCUCAAGGAGCUCAACUUGUUCAUCUCGCUAUGAGUUCGCUGCCCACUACCACAACAUCACGCGUUAGAUCCGUCGUGAUGUUCGGAGAUCCAAAGAAUGGUACUGCGUUAGCUGGUAUCGAUUCGAGUAAAGUCAUGACGAUUUGUGAUCCUAAAGAUGAUAUUUGUAAAGGCGGAGAUGCCAUAUUACCAGCCCAUCUGGAAUAUAGUGCAAAUGCCGGAACUGCUGCCAAAUUUGCAUUGAGUGGGCUGGCGGAUGUGGGUAUCACGAGUGCGAGGAAAGUCAGUGGAGUUGAUGGGAUAUCUUGAAUAUUCAAGGUUGCGGAAUGGGAAGAUAAGAAUAUGAGAGAUAAAAUAUUGUCUAUA